AUGCCCGUUCCACCGGCACUGUCUCGCCCAUAUCGGAGGCCAUCUCCUCCACAAAACCCUCCUACUGACGUCGAUCUCGCUCGGGCAACCCAUUUCGAGAUGUCUUGUACGAUGGCUUUUGGCAGUGGAGAUCUUGACGCUGCUCAAGUCUCUGCAGCUGUCUUGUAUAAACAAGCUGUCAUAAACUCCGCGGCCCCGAAUAUGAUGGCUGCACAGCAGGCACCACCGCCGUGGCUUGCUCAUAUGCUAGAACAAGCGCUAGAAAACGCAAUUGGGCCUCUUCGCAAUGAUAUAACGACCAUGAAGAAUGAUAUCGCGGUCACGAAGAAUGAUAUCGCAGUCAUGAAGAAUGAUAUCGCGGUCACGAAGAAUGAUAUCGCGGUCAUGAAGAAUGAUAUCGCGGUCACGAAGAACGACGUCAAUACAUUGGCAGGCAGAGUGGACAGGUUGAGUACAGACAUGACCACAGUCAAAGAUGAUAUCCGAGUCAUCAAACAACGACAAGCAGAUGCGCAACGAUGUGCAGCACGUGCGUACAAUCGGCAGGUUCAGCUGGGUGAUCGUAGUCCAUUCGAAGAAGUGCCUUGGAGAAAUGGAACUUACCCAUGGGGAUUCAUGUUCCAUAACCAACCCUUGCCUGAAUUGACCUCAACCGAUGUGGUACGCGCUUUGGACAACCGGCAAUCUAAAAAGUACUACUCAGGGUACUACCCUGGGGUGAAUGUUCCGGAUGAUCGCAUUGAGCGCAACAAAGCCAUCCUGAUCGCAAUCGGUGUUCCAGCCAUGGUCGCUGAGAUCGCAGCCGGUGAGAUGUAGUGGACCAGAUUAUGUUAUCGGAUGGUAUGGAAUGUCUGCUGUGAUUAUGCUUUUGCUUUGAGGUGUUGGACUACUUGCAUGAGGAAUGGUGUAAUCAUAAUUUAGUAUGGCAUGAA